AAAAAAAAAAGCAAACCACAAACAAUAUUGCGAGUGGCUUUCUACACGAACAAAAACAAACAUAAGACAGGUUACAAAGAAGAAGCAGCCGCUAAUGUGUAGCUAAGGGGUCUCAUGAAGUUGUUGGCAGAGAGAAGCACAGUGCGUCUGUCUCAAAUUCCCACAAACCACUCAGCACGAAACAAACAAACAAACAAACAAACAAACAAACAAACAAACCCAACAACUACUCCUGUUCUCACUUCUAAAAUGCACUGGCCCCCUAGUUUAAGCCGUGUCCUCUGGGUGGGGUUUUUGUGCCAAGAAUCAAAGAAAAUGCAUUUCCAAACCAGCGGGGUGCCAGAAGUUCCGACCAACAACGAGACAGCUGUAGUUUGGGGGGGAAAAUACAACAACAACAACAACAACAACAACAAACACAAAUAGAGAACCGUGCCCGACCGGUACAGCGGCCCUGCAGCUGGGCACGGCUCGGGCGUGCUAGCCCGGCAUUGCGCUGGUGGUUUUCCAGGGGUUUGCUCCGCUCUGCGCGAUGAUGUUAUUUGCUCGCUGGAGCGGAGUGUAAUAUCCGGGUUGGCGGAUAAGCGGAGGGAGUGACCCUACGGUGAUUUCCAAGAGACGAGAGAAAAAAAAAAACACACACACACGCUACCAGAGCGCAGCACAGUGCCACAGCUGCAGCGGCCGGAGGAGACUAUGGGGCAAUGACUGACUGGGGCGAGUGGCCGGGACAGACAGACACCCAGCCAGACCGAUAUGGAUCCUGCAUCUUUGAAGUUCCCUCUGUGAUUCCAGAAAGAGGGAGAGAGAGAGAGAGAGAGGGGCGUGUUUUUCUCCCCCCUCCAAUGCCGAUGAAAUAUUAAAACAGUGCGAAGAAUUGUCGCCAGAAUGGAGAAGGCGUUGAGCGACUCGCAUCCCGGGACCCACAAAACGAGUUCGGGCUCCUCGUCUUCCUCGGACCGGGGCAGCGCCGCCAGGAAGGCGGGCAGGAGCGGCUCCCACAGCCCGGGAUCGGGGUCGGGGUCGGCUGGCAGCCCGGCGGGGUGCGGGGGCAGCCGGGCAGGAGUGCCGGGGAACAGCGCCGGGCUGCCGCAGCAGCUGGAAGGGGUGUUGAGCAAAUACACCAACCUCCUCCAGGGCUGGCAGAACAGGUACUUCGUGCUGGACCUGGAGGCCCGGGUUCUGCAGUACUUUGUCGGCGAGCCCAGCAAGACCCAGAAGCCGCGGGGAGCGCUGCCUCUGGCCGGGGCCUCGGUGUCCCAGAGCGAUGAGGCUCCCCACAUGUUCGUUGUUUACUCCGCAAACGGCGAGCUCUAUAAGCUCAGAGCUGCUGAUGCCAAGGAGCAGCAGUUCUGGAUGAGCCAGCUGCAGGCCUGUGCCAAGCUCUCCGACAGCAGUGCCAAGGGCUCUGCGGCCGGCCGGACCCGGAGCUUCUCUCUCCUGCCACACGGGGGCGCCAACACCUCCUCGCCCGGCUCCCAGAAACAGCUGCCCCACGGCGGGGGGUCCAGCAUCGUCACCAUCACCCACCACAAGUCUCCCGCCGCCGCCCGCAGAGCCAAGAACCAGUAUCCGGGGCGCCUGCUGGAGGUGAAGGAGAUCAUGAGCCAGGCCGAGGGACAGCAGAAGAACCUGGUGCACUCCAUCGAGUCCCUCCCUGCCAAGGGGCCGCUGUCCGCCCUGGACCCGGAUCUGCUGCUGCUCAAAGCUACAUCAGCAGCCACCCUCAGCUGCCUGGGAGAGUGCCUCAAUAUCCUGCAGCAGAACGUCAGCCAGGCCACCCAGCAGAGCAGGGGGGUGCCCACUGAGACCGUGCCCGCCUGGCCUGGGCCGAAGGCGUCGCAGUCGGCCGAGCAGCUGAAGAACGGCGGCCUGACCCCCUUCACCUCGGCCAGUGCCCACUUGUCGUGGUCUGCAGAACCUUCCCCGGCUCCGUCUCUGAGCAGCACGGGCCUUCCCCAGGGCGAGGAGCACCCGGCUCCAGAGGCCAUUAACCCCAGUGAAGAGGUGACGGACACCGAGGACAACGAAGAGGAGGAUCUAGGAGUCAUGGAUGACCAACGCAGCAUCAUCCUACACCUCCUCUCGCAGCUCAAACUGGGCAUGGACCUCACCAGGGUGGUGCUUCCCACCUUCAUCCUGGAGAAGAGGUCCUUGCUGGAGAUGUACGCCAACUUCAUGGCGCACCCCGACCUGUUCGUCGCCGUGACGGCGGCGGCCACGCCGGAGGAGCGCAUGGUCCGCUUCGUGGAGUACUACCUGACCGCCUUCCACGAGGGGCGCCGGGGCGCCGUGGCCAAGAAGCCCUACAAUCCCAUCAUCGGGGAGACGUUCCUCUGCUCCUGGGACGUGCCCAGGGACAGGGCGCGGCCCCGGAGGGCGAGCGGCGCGGCCCCCGUCCCCGGCGACCAGCAGGACUCUUGCAGGGUGCGGUUCGUGGCCGAGCAGGUGUCCCACCACCCUCCCGUGUCCGGCUUCUACUGCGAGUGCAAGGAACGGAAGAUGUGUGUCAACGCUCAUGUGUGGACCAAGAGCAAGUUCAUGGGCAUGUCCAUAGGAGUGUCCAUGGUUGGGGAAGGACUGCUUUGCCUUAUGGAGCACGAUGAAGAGUAUGUCUUCACCCUGCCUUGUGCCUACGCCCGCUCCAUCCUCACCGUGCCCUGGGUCGAACUCGGGGGCAAGGUUUCCAUAAACUGUGCCAAGACCGGCUACUCUGCCACCGUCACGUUCCAGACCAAGCCUUUCUACGGGGGAAAAGUGCACAGGGUGACAGCAGAAGUCAAACACAACCCCACCAACACGAUAGUGUGCAAGGCUCAAGGGGAGUGGAAUGGAACCCUUGAGUUCACCUACAGCAGUGGGGAGACCAAAGUGAUCGACACCACCAAACUGCCAGUCACCAGGAAGAGGAUCCGGCCGGUGGAGAAACAGGGACCCUUUGAGUCCAGACGACUGUGGCAACAUGUGACUGCUGCCCUCAAGGAGGGGAACAUCGACGCGGCGACCGAGCACAAGCAUCGCCUGGAGGAGAGACAGCGCGCCGAGGAGAGGCAGAGAGCAUCCAGCAACACACCCUGGAAACCCAAAUACUUCAUCAAGGAGGGCGAAGGCUGGAUAUAUCACAAUCCACUCUGGAAAACCCUUUGACGAGAACUCGGGGGACUGCUGCCAGCCAGCCAUCCCUGAGCCCAGCGCCGGGGAAGACCAUCUACGAGCUGGGAGAGGAGCUGGUGAGAGCAGGGCAAGAGAACUGCAGUUCGCUCAGAAACUCGCACCAGAUUCCUAACAAAGGAGUAUGAAAAGAUGAUGACAAAAACUGCCAACGAAGAAUAGGACCGCAAGCUCCCGGGCGUGUUCUCACAGAGAGCCAUCCUGGUAUAAACACUCCUAGGCCGACAGACUCUUUCGCUUUUUGGGCUUGGGGGUGAGAGACUCCGUUUUUAUUAUCAAAACUAGAAUAUUUCUAUUUUUCACUCUGCCAAGAACUUUUUUUGCUCACACACAAGUGAUUUGUCACUGCCGUUUCUCUCCGUCUCUCCUGUCCCAUCAAAACACACAGUGCAAGAGAAUGUAUCUGGCCGCCACAGCACGUGUCUGUUGCUCCAGCAGCUGCCCUGCCUCUCGCCACGCUAGAAAGGUAGCUCUCCAGCACCUCCCUGAGGUCUGUGGAGCACCACGGUGUUAUUGUGAACUUCCAAAGAUGCCUCCCGUUUGCAUGUUCCAUGUUCCUGCGAGACUCGGAAGGCUGUGCAUUAACAAUCAGACAGACCCAGGUCUAGCUCUCCCUGACAGUGGUUGUUGCUGCACAUUGCUGUCUGUCGUGAAGCCAACUCGAUCUUUGAGAUCCCAGCUAACAUUCCAGUUGAUGACUUGAGUUUUGACUUGAAGGGCUUUUUCAGGACUAGACUCUAAAAUGUUUUUAUGUAUAAUCUCAUUCGUGGCUUCCUUGCAAUGACCUGCACUCAUUUACAACAUAAAAAUACCCGUCGUCCCCAUAGUCAACCGUGAAAGUAAGUUUUAAUACGCCGCGUCUUUCACAAGUAACUGGGAGAGUUGGUGUGUUCAAGGCCAGUAAUCAUUUAUCUGAGGGUCUUUACAAGGGCUGCCGGUGACGUGCGAUUGUGUUGCAGUCGAGGCUUGAUCUGCUGUGGUCUGUAAUCUUUUUAUUGAUCAUUAUGUAUCCUGCCACCUCCUCCCUUCUGUAUGUUUCCUGUCAUCUGCGUGUUUUCACUGCUUUCUCGUUGGAUGAGCACUACAGGGGACCCUUAUUCUGCCCUUCAAGGGUCUUUAAGGGUCUCUCUAAGUCUUCAGUGUUGGAAGAACAGAGAAAGGCUUCAGUUUGUCCGGUUAAAGCAAGCAUUUGGUUAGGUGGUUAGAAAACUGAAGAGUUACGAGUGAGCUGUAUAAUGGUGGCUCUCUGUGACCAGGGCAGGUCACCUCAGUUCUACAGUUUCGUCUUUUGCUUGCCUUGCAGUGAUGGUUAUGUACGGGGAAGGGCGGUUUUUGAAGUAGAGAAGCCAAGAAAUUAUUUUAAGUGUGCAAAGCAUAAAGUGUGUAAAGAGUUUUAUAGCACUUAAAGGCACCAUUGUUCUCCUUCAGCACAGGGAGUCCAGAACAGGAGCCAGAAUAACUUCUCUUCUGCAGUGGCACUUAAGCGCCAUCCUUGAGUUUGUUGUGAGACGGUGCAGGCCCAGUGUGUCUCUGUAGCAAACACAGGAGCAGGACGUAUUCCACAUAGUCUUUGGUGCUCAAGGUAGAAACACUGAACACUUUUAGAUGUAUUUCUCCUUUGGCCGUUUCAAACAAAGUGGGUUCCUUGUCAAAGGAAAAACAUGGUCUUUCUAACCCCAACCUGGACAUAUUCCUAACCCUCGACUUAAGUCAUGUAACACUAGCUUUAGAACAAUGCCAAAGAUUUCACCAAACAUCAGUGAAAAUUCUUCCCAAAGUCAUAAAUAAGGAGCUUUAUUAAUUGUCCUGCCUAGAGCUCCAUACUCGGUUCCACCUGAACAUCUGCUGAAGAUCAUUUCUGUUCUUAGAUAACAGCAUAAUGUCAGAUUGAAGGUUAGGAUUAGACCGUCCCUUAAAAUUGAUUAAUUUGGAAUUAUAACUUUUUUUAACAGGAUUACAAAUAUAGGAUGAGUGAUGUUUCUGAAAUAUCUUCCGUUUUUUUUAUUGCAGCUAAAUUGGAUUUGCAGACAAGAUUGGCUGCAUUACGAUUACCCCUAAGCAGACUCCAAGACCUGCUACCACAAAGCUUUCGAGCUUCCCCUAAAAUUUCAUUCAAUUUCAAGCUUUGUUUUGCAGAAUUAGUCUAUUUCAAACAUAAUCGUACCAUGCUGAAAUCUGAAGGUUGAUGCUUUUUUCUAAACCCUAACCUGGUAAUAUUUGUAACCCCAGAUUUACUGCUCUUUUAACACCUGGUAGAAAGUGUGAGAGACGCAUGCUAUCUCAGUAUACUGGUAGCAGGUCUAGUGGGCAGUAAUAGUUUUAUACUAUUGCUUUACAAGUGAUUGUUUUAGAGCGGCCAGUAUUCUUGCAUUUAUAGCAUGACAAAGGUCUUCAGUGUUUUUUGACUAAAACAUGUUUACAGAGAAAUAUGGCUAAUGCAGCAUUUUUUUAUAGUUCAAGCAUUAAUUGCUCUUAGGCAGUCAUUUCUUUCUCCGUGAGGUCUUCUAAAUCAGUGUCAUGUUCAUCUGCCUAGUGACAGUUUAUACAUCCACACAAAUGCAGUGUCGUGACUUGUGUAAAUAGAGGGGCUACUGUGAUUCAGCCCACUUUGCGAUUUCGCACAACAUCCGCAUGUGUUCCCUGGAGCUCUGAUGAGAGCAAGAGCUGUAAUUAGACUGUCUUGUUAAGUGGAAUACAAUAGAAACGUAUGUUAGAGUAACACUCUUUAAUUGGAAACUGGCCCACUCUUUGUGCAUUGAUUUUCAUGGACUGAAAGCCAGGUUCUUCCUUGUAUAUAUGGGAAGAUUGAAUGUCUCCAUGUUACAGCUGGCUCAAUUCUUCAGUAUUUAUGCAUAAUGCAUGAGGAGCCUUCAUAAAGGGAUGGCAAACACCCAUGAAAAAUGACUGCAGUGCACUUAGCAGCGUGCUGGCGAUUUACGAAUACAACUCGUGGGAAAUCUGAAUAGUAAGAUGAGAGGAGAACUGGCGUUACCCUUUAAGUGGAAUGCAUGCAUGGCUUCACAAACAGUCGAGUUAUCAAAGAUUGUUCCACAUCAGACAGGUGCUGAAGCCCCGACAAUUAUUUUGGUCUUUGUUUCAUUUUGUGAAAAGAAGAGCAGUGCGCCCAAAAAACAAAGUAACAGGUAACUGCUCCUGGUUAUGAUUUGCAGAAUCAUCUGUUUUACAGCCUGAUGACUUAGUGAUAAUGCACAUAAAAUCCCUGAGCACUCCGCUUUAACGACCAUGCUGAAAAUGGUCAGGGGCUAGUAUUGUGUGGAAUACUCUUUUCUUUAGAGGACCAUGGACAAGAACAAAACUGGUGCUGUACGUGUGUUUUCAUCUGGAGCUGUGUCAGUCCUGUCUCCGAUAUUGAGCUCCAGUAUCUGUUAGGAAAGUCUGGAUAUGGACAGUGUCCUCUCUGCUUUUCCUAUCCGUAAGAAUGGUGUUGAGGUGAGUUGGUGUGGGUAACAUCAGCUGCUUUGAAGAAACUGGCAAAGGAUGAGAGGAGAAUUCUGUCUUGUUCUUGAAUCAAUUCUGAAAUAAAUUCAGGCCUUGUAACAUUUGAACAUCAGUGUGCAGCAAGAUCACUGUAUGACCCUUAAAUCUAAGAAUUAUGAUUUCACAUUUUUGCAAAGUGACUUAAAAAGGAAAUUCUAUAAUGUAACCUGUAAGAACCGUGCAUAUAUUUUUUGAUGACUUAAACAGAAACCAUAAUUAAGAUUGCAGUAAGUGACUUCUUUACGAGGACUGUCCUGCCUUAUUUUAACAAAUAUGAGCACUUUUCUACGUCAAGAGAGGAACGAUGAAGUGGAGCCAUGUGAAAGCUUUUGGUCACCUAUCUUUGUAAUUAGAUUUUAACCUGUUCUGUAUUCUUUAUACUGUGUACAGGUUAUGCAUUGCGUGUCCUGAAUGUAUGUGUACCACUUAGUUUAACUUACACGGCUUUGCAUUGUAUUUAAGAGCUUGAACCAAACUAUUCAUUCACAUGUGUAGAACCUAUGCAACACUUAUUUGGUAUACGGUAGUUUUACAGAGACGUUUAUAAGUUGAUUUAUUAAAAUAAAUAUGCCACGGCAAUCA